AUGUCCCUCCACACUACGCUCCGCCGCACCGCGGCCUCACCAACCAUAAAACAAUCUACCACUUUCAUCUGCUCACAAUGUCGGCAUGCGUCGCUGCUCCGUCGGCCCAAGCGUCCCUACACAUUUACGCAACUCAUCACCCUCUCGGAUGGAAGUACAUUCUUGCACCGCACGACCUCCCCGCUGCCCGUUUACCGAUCAACAAGGGACACGCGCAACUCGAUCAUGUGGAACCCAAGCAGCAGCAAGCUGAGGAGUGUAGAAGACGAUGAGGCUGGGCGAUUGGCUGCUUUCCGAGCGAAGUUUGGAAGGAGUUGGGAUGCGAACACUCCUACUGAGGAGGCCGGUGCGGAUGCCGAUAAGGGGGGAGAGGAUGCGAAGGCUGCCGCCGCCGAGGCGCAGGAGGAGGAGGAUAAUCUGCUGGAUUUGAUUAGCUCGUUUGGGCAGGAGGAGGCUGAGGGGACGAAGAAGAAAUAA